AUGGGAAGCCUCACUUCAAUCUUGAGGAUGAUGUUCCUCAUUGUGUUUAUUGGAUGGCUUUUUAUUUGGAUUAUUAUUCCAACCAGUACUUACAAAUAUUCAUGGACCCCCAAUCUCACCAAGAAGAUUGGCUCCUCUACGUUUUUCGGGUCCCAAGGGACGAAUCUUCUGCUUCUGAGCUUCCCUGUGAUGUUGAUGGCUGCUCUUGGCUGUGUUUAUCUCCAUUUCGAGAAGAAGAAAAAGAUAGGUCGCGACUUAACUGGCAUGCAACGACCAGAUUUCUUGAGGAGACCGGUUCACAUAUCUAGUACUUUAGGUAUUGUGACUAUGACGGAACUUGUAUUCGUCGCAAUGUUUUUUGCACUAUUGAUAUGGUCUCUAGCCAAUUACUUGCACAUCAGCUUUGGCCACCUUACAAUGUAUAGUCCACCAGGGGAGAAAACAUGGAAGACAAAGUUUCGUAGUGUGUCGCUUAGGUUGGGAUACAUAGGAAACAUUUGUUGGGCAUUUUUGUUCUUUCCAGUAACACGAGGAUCUUCCAUCUUGCCAAUGAUUGGAUUGACAUCGGAAUCAAGCAUCAAGUACCACAUAUGGCUCGGUCACGUCUCGAACCUCCUCUUCACUUUACAUACAAUUGGUUUCAUUGUCUAUUGGGGUAUAACAAAUCAAAUGUCGCAGAUGGUAGAUUGGGACAAAACAUAUGUUUCUAAUGUAGCUGGAUGGAUAGCAAUGUUGUUUGGAUGGGCAAUAUGGGUGACAAGCUUUCCAUCCAUUAGAAGAAAGGCAUUUGAGCUCUUCUUUUAUACCCAUCAUCUCUAUCUUCUCUAUAUUGUCUUCUACAUGUUACAUGUUGGUGGACCAUAUUUGUUCAUGAUCUUGCCCGGGAUCUUUCUCUUUUUCAUCGAUCGUUAUCUCCGAUUCUUACAAUCCCAAAAAAGAGCAAGAUUAGUCUCUGCCCGCCUAUUGCCUUGUGGUGUGGUUGAGCUCAACCUAUCCAAAUGCCUUGAUCUUCAUUAUAAUCCCACAAGCAUAAUGUUUAUCCACGUGCCGAGCAUUUCUAGGUUACAAUGGCAUCCUUUCACUAUCAUUUCUAGUGGAAACUUGGAACUAGAUAGGAUAAGUGUCCUCAUUAAAAGCUUAGGAACAUGGAGUCAAAAGUUAUACCAAGAGCUUUCUUCUUCUUCCAAGACCCAUCUAGAGGUCCAUGUAGAAGGACCAUAUGGACCGGUUUCGCCAGAUUUGUUAAGGAGGGACUCCUUGGUGAUGGUAAGUGGAGGAAGCGGUAUUGCGCCAUUCAUCUCCAUAAUUCGCGAAGUUAUACACUUAAGUACGCAACCUGGAUCGCACAUUCCGAAGAUGCUAUUGAUAUGUGUUUUCAAGAAUUCGAUGGAUCUCACCAUGCUCGAUCUUCUGUUGCCAGCAUCAAGCGUGAUAUCCCCAGAAAUCCUUUCCAAGUUAGAGUUGAAGAUAGAGGCAUAUGUCACCAAGGACAUUGAAGAGCAGCCAAAACCUAACCGAGAUCUUAUCCGUUCAAUAUGGUUUAAGCCAAAUCCCAAUGACUCUCUAGUUACUGCAGCCCUCGGAUCUAACAGUUGGCUCUGGCUCGGGGCAAUAAUCACUACCUCCUUCGUCAUGUUCUUACUUCUUCUCGGAAUCGUGACUCGUCGCCUUAUUUACCCGAUUGAACACAACAAACAAGUUUACAACUUCAGUGGGAAAGUCCUUUGGGAUAUGUUCUUGGCUUGUGUUGGUGUGUUUAUUGGGACUAGUGCGAUAUUUUUAUGGCAAAAGAAGGAGAUAUCGCGCACGGAAGGCCAGGUUCAAAAUGUGGAGUUGCAAACUCCAACAGCUUCGCCCGGAUUGCAGUUUCAUGGUGGCGAGACAACAGAGUUGGAAAGCCUCCCCGGAAACUCUCUUGUUCAAGACAUAGCCGUGCAUCAUGGUGCAAGGCCUAACCUCAAGAGUAAGUACUUGUACAAUUAUAUCCUCACUUCAAUCUUGAGGAUGAUGUUCUUCAUUGUGUUUAUUGGAUGGCUUUUUAUCUGGAUUAUUAUCCCAACCGGUACUUACAAAUAUUCAUGGACCCCCAAUCUCAAAGUGAAGAUUGGCUCCUCGACGUUUUUCGGGUCCCAAGGGACGAAUCUUCUGCUUCUGAGUUUCCCUGUGAUGUUGAUGGCUGCUCUUGGCUGUGUUUAUCUCCAUUUCGAGAAGAAGAAAAACAUAAGUCGCGACUUAACAAGAAUGCAACGACCAGAUUACUUGAGGAGACCGGUUCACAUAUCGAGUACUUUAGGCAUUGUAACAAUGACAGAGCUUCUAUUUGUUACAAUGUUUUUUGCACUAUUGAUAUGGUCUUUAGCCAAUUACUUGCACAUAGGCUUUGGCCAUCUUACAAUGCAUAGUCCACGGGGAGAGAAAAUAUGGAAGACAAAGUUUCGUAGUGUGUCGCUUAGGUUGGGAUACAUAGGAAACAUUUGUUGGGCAUUUUUGUUCUUUCCAGUAACACGAGGAUCUUCCAUCUUGCCAAUGAUUGGAUUGACAUCGGAAUCAAGCAUCAAGUACCACAUAUGGCUCGGUCACGUCUCGAACCUCCUCUUCACUUUACAUACAAUUGGUUUCAUUGUCUAUUGGGGUAUAACAAAUCAAAUGUCGCAGAUGGUAGAUUGGGACAAAACAUAUGUUUCUAAUGUAGCUGGAUGGAUAGCAAUGUUGUUUGGAUGGGCAAUAUGGGUGACAAGCUUUCCAUCCAUUAGAAGAAAGGCAUUUGAGCUCUUCUUUUAUACCCAUCAUCUCUAUCUUCUCUAUAUUGUCUUCUACAUGUUACAUGUUGGUGGACCAUAUUUGUUCAUGAUCUUGCCCGGGAUCUUUCUCUUUUUCAUCGAUCGUUAUCUCCGAUUCUUACAAUCCCAAAAAAGAGCAAGAUUAGUCUCUGCCCGCCUAUUGCCUUGUGGUGUGGUUGAGCUCAACCUAUCCAAAUGCCUUGAUCUUCAUUAUAAUCCCACAAGCAUAAUGUUUAUCCACGUGCCGAGCAUUUCUAGGUUACAAUGGCAUCCUUUCACUAUCAUUUCUAGUGGAAACUUGGAACUAGAUAGGAUAAGUGUCGUCAUUAAAAGCUUAGGAACAUGGAGUCAAAAGUUAUACCAAGAGCUUUCUUCUUCUUCCAAGACCAAUCUAGAGGUCCAUGUAGAAGGACCAUAUGGACCGGUUUCGCCAGAUUUGUUAAGGAGGGACUCCUUGGUGAUGGUAAGUGGAGGAAGCGGUAUUGCGCCAUUCAUCUCCAUAAUUCGCGAAGUUAUACACUUAAGUACGCAACCUGGAUCGCACAUUCCGAAGAUGCUAUUGAUAUGUGUUUUCAAGGAUUCGAUGGAUCUCACCAUGCUCGAUCUUCUGUUGCCAGCAUCAAGCGUGAUAUCCCCAGAAAUCCUUUCCAAGUUAGAGUUGAAGAUAGAGGCAUAUGUCACCAAGGACAUUGAAGAGCACCCAAAACCUAACCGAGAUCUUAUCCGUUCAAUAUGGUUUAAGCCAAAUCCCAAUGACUCUCUAGUUACUGCAUCCCUCGGAUCUAACAGUUGGCUCUGGCUCGGGGCAAUAAUCACUACCUCCUUCGUCAUGUUCUUACUUCUUCUCGGGAUCGUGACUCGUCGCCUUAUUUACCCGAUUGAACACAACCAACAAGUUUACAACUUCAGUGGGAAAGUCCUUUGGGAUAUGUUCUUGGCUUGUGUUGGUGUGUUUAUUGGGACUAGUGCGAUAUUUUUAUGGCAAAAGGAUGAGAUAUCGCGCACGGAAGGCCAGGUUCAAAAUGUGGAGUUGCAAACUCCAACAGCUUCGCCUGGAUUGCAGUUUCAUGGUGGCGAGACAACAGAGUUGGAAAGCCUCCCCGGAAACUCUGUUGUUAAAGACAUAGCCGUGCAUCAUGGUGCAAGGCCUAACCUCAAGAAGAUAUUAUUUGACUGCAAAGGAUCUGAUGUCGGGGUGAUGGUCUGUGGGCCGAAGGAAAUGAGGCACGAGGUAGCGAGAAUAUGUUCUUCGGGUUUGGCAGAAAACCUACAUUUCGAGGCCAUCAGCUUCAACUGGUAA